ACACGCAAUGAGAGGAAAUAAUAGUGUUUGAGAUGUAGGCGGCAGAACAACUACCCCAGAAAUAACAAUAAGUUGACAUUUGAUGUGAUGGUAUAGAGGAUUGUGGGAGAGGAUACACGUGAUUAAUUCCGGUGAAGUGGUGUGGUUUGUGUCGGCGAGGAGUCGAGGAGGGAGACGGAGAAGGAGUGUGUUCCUGUCAGUUUUGGCACUUGUCAGCUGACAGCAGUGCAAGCGUACAACAUGUGUCAUCCUCCUUUAAGAAGUCUUCCCCAAAUCGAAUCGCGUUGUGAAAGAACAGCGAUGGAUCAUGAAUAUUGAGCAGAAACCGGCAACUGCCAAUGAGAGCAAGCUGACCGAAUGUUGCGUUGUGACCCCCCCCCCCACCCCCCCUCCAGUGUGCACCAAGCCAUAUGUGGAUAGAUCACCUGAAACUAAAGCUGGAGGUGAGCAUUGCCCUGUGACUGAACCUUGACCCCAGGUAACCCCUCCCACCUGUCAACUGUGGAAUCGCUCACAGCCACAUGAGUCCUCCCUCUCUCCACUCUCUCUCUGUCUCUCUCUGUCUCUCUCUCUCUCUCUCUCUGCUCUGCUCUCCUGGGCAUGUCUUUACAUGCCGAGAAACACCAGGAGAGGGAGGAGACAAAAAAAAAAAACAAAAAAAAAAAACAAGAAAAACCGGAGAGCAUGAGAGACAGAGAGACAGUAUGGUAGAGGGGGGUGUGAGGUAUUAACAGAGGGUUGGAAAGAGCUCAGGGCGUGAGAAAGGAGAAGAGAAUUUCAUGGUAAAGCUGCAGUUGGGUACCGAUGCUUAAAAUCGUAAGAGUGGACAGAAACUGAGAGGAGGGAAGACUGUAGCUGUAAUUGGAAGACGGAGGAUGACUCGGGCAGGGGAGGGAACAGCUCCACGAUCUCCAUGAGAGGCAUGAUGAUGAGCGGUGGUAACCAUGGCUUUUGGGUUUCAAACCCAGCAACAAAAAGAUCAAGAUCGAUGGAGGAAACGAUGAGGCGAACCAUUAGCUGACUUGACCUUCCUCUGACUCUUCUUCCUCUCAGCAUUACACCUCAAGACCUGCAGGGGAAGGACAGCAACUGAUAAUAAUCACCUGAUGCAACACUUGCAGGAACUGCCGGUGUGAAAAAAUACCCAGGCAUUGCCCAGAGCUGUCACCAACGGGAGCUGCCGCCAGCUGCAGCUCAAUCUCAAAGUUACCUUAAAGGAGCAUGGGACGUGGAGUUCAGAGCAGUGAGUUGUCCCCUGGAUGUCAGACCACCAGGAGCAAAUGAGUAGCAGUGGAUUUGGCAGCAGUUCCAGCUUGCUCCAGGGCCGGCGUUUCUACUGCCGGGAAUGGGCCCUGAGCAAGCUGCGGCACUGCCUGGACGCCCGUUCUGUGCCAGGACAACCGCCAGGGCUGCUGGUGAUGGGGGGUCCUGGUGCUGGGAAGACUGCCCUGUGCACUGAGAUGGUGUGGCCCACCUCGAAGGCAGGGGUGGCAGUUGGGCUCGCAUCCCGCUGCCUGGCCUCCCACUUCUGCCACAGGGAGGACCAGAGGAGUACGGUGCCGUGGAGGUUUGUCCUGGGCCUGGUGGAGCAGCUGAGGGCCUCCCCUCUCCUCUCUCCUGGGUACAAAGAGAUCCUCAAAAGCCCGACUGUAUCCCCUGCUCUGGAGCCUCUCACCUGUCAGAGAGACCCUGAUGACACCUUCAGGAGAGCAGUGUUGGGACCCCUGUUAGACCUUCCUCCUCCUGCCCAGACUCUGUUUGUGGUGGUGGACUCCCUGGAUGUAGGGCAUGGGGUGGGUGCAGGAAGUAGGAAGAGCGACUCCAUCGCAGAGCUCCUGGCCGCCAACCAACACCUGCUGCCUGGCUGGCUGCUGCUCGUCUGCUCCGUCCGCCGUAACAACAAGGCUGUGUGCAAGAUGUUCUCAGGUUUUCGUAAGCUUUGUCUGGAUGAUCUGCGGAAGCCGCCGCCAGUCCACGACGUGCAGCAAUACAUCCUCUGCCGGCUGGAUGAAGAAGCAUCACUUCGCCGUCAGCUCACCCCCGACACAGCUGACAUGCUGAAUUUACUGCACAUCAAGAGCGGCGGCUGCUUUCUCUUCCUCGAGCGUGUGCUGGACGGUGUGGCAGCCGCGCUGGUGGGUCUGAGGGAGAUCCGGGACAUCCCCGGGACUCUCAAUGGCCUCUACCUGUGGCUGUGCCAGAGACUGUUCCCCCGGGGGCUCUUCAUGUACAUCAGGCCUCUGCUUAAUGUGCUCUUAGCUGCCCCGAGGCCCCUCACCCCCCAGCAGCUAUUCACAGCAGCCUGGACUCAUGACACUUCGCUCAGCCUCCAGGACUUUCAGAACAAACUCCGAACCCUCUCUCCUCUCCUGAUCGAUGGCCCUGGGGGCACCAAACUACUUUUUCAUGCCAGCUUUGCUGAGUGGCUGACGGAUGUCAAGUAUUGCACACAGAAGUACCUGUGUAGCAGAACAGGUGGACACAGCAUGCUCGCCAUGGCUUUGACUCUGCAAGGACCCCACUUGGACAUUGAGGGCACUUGCCAGCUAGCCACACAUUUAGUUUGCUCCGGUCACCAUAAAGAUAACCCUUCAUUAUUGGCUCUAUGGAUGCUGUGGGCCGGUGUGCCUGCUCUAACUCCCAGCUGCAGCCGCGCCCUCUCCACCUCCUUAAGUCAGCCUCCUGUUCUGGUCAGUCAGGAAGUUCUUCAGCUCUUAAUGAGGACUGGGCUUGUCCCUGCAGCCUGUUUUUCAGAUGAAGACCCAAGUGUUGGAGUGCAUUGUAUAGGUGAAGAGGGAACUAAUUUAAGACCGGCAUUUGAAAGGGAGUUGUCUGUAAAGAAGCUGCUAGACAGCGGGGUAUCUGCAAACCAGCUACAUUCUACAGACGGACAGACCUUGCUUGCCAGUGCAGCCCAUGAGGGUUCUGCAAAUGUAGUUCAACUUCUCCUGACACACGGAUCGGAUCCACUGAUCAGUGAUCAUCAGGGUCAAACGCCACUGUCUUUGGCCUCCAGGCAGGGUCAUGUCAAAGUGCUGUCUGUGCUCCUGGAAUGGGCCAAAAGCCGGGAGCCAGAAACUGCAGCUCAGAUGAUGGAGCAUGUUGACAGUGAGGGCUGGACAUCACUGCGCUCUGCUGCUUGGGGAGGACACAGCGAGGCUGUUCGGCGUCUCCUGGAUGCAGGAGCAGAUGUGGAUGGAUGCGACGGCGAGGGCCGGACUGCUCUCAGAGCCGCUGCGUGGGGUGGUCAUGAGGAAAUUGUUCUGACGCUACUGGACUAUGGGGCUCAGGUUGACAAAGCUGACAGCAAGGGCCGCACGCCGCUUAUUGCUGCUGCCUACAUGGGACACCAUGAAGCUGUGGAGAUAUUGCUAGACCGCAAUGCAGAGGUUAACUUGGCGGAUGGAGAUGGGCGCACUGCUUUGUCAGUCACUGCCCUCUGUGUCCCUACAGCAGCAGGGGUCAAAGGUUAUGGUGAGGUAGCAAGUCUGUUACUGGAGCGCGGAGCUGAUCCAGGACACAGAGACCACGAUGGCAUGACACCACUGCUUCUUGCAGCAUAUGAAGGCCAUGACGAGGUAGUCGAACUUCUGCUAGAAGCUGGUGCUGAUGUGGAUGAGACCGCCGGCCCAGAUGGCAACGUCCCUGCUGCAGCGGCCGUUACCCCCUUACUGGCAGCUGCAGCAAUGGGCCACAUGAAGACGGUAUCUCGUCUGCUCUUCUGGGGAGCAGCUGUGGAUGCCAUUGAUUGUGAAGGCAGGACGGCACUCUGCCUGGCAGCAGCAAGAGGCAGCACCGAGGUUGUCCGUGCCCUGCUGGACCGAGGACUGGACGAGAACCACAAGGAUGACCUUGGCUGGACUCCACUGCAUGCUGCUGCUUGUGAAGGCCAUCGGGCUGUUUGUGCUGCUCUGACAGAGAGAGGGAGCAUGGCACGUGUCGGAGAGAUGGACAUUGAAGGACGCACCCCUCUUAUACUGGCUGCCCAGGAAGGUCACUGGAGCACUGUCAGGCUGUUGUUGGACAGACGUUCUCCCAUUGACCACAGGGCCUAUGAUGGACAUUCUGCCUUGUGUGCCACCAUCCUGGAGGGCCAUGCUGAGGUGACAGAGCUGCUCAUGAGGCGAGGGGCUGAUACUGACGUACGGGAUGCAGAAGGAAGACCUCUGCUCUACCUCCUGGUGUUGGAGGGUCAACUUGAGAUGGCUACUCUGCUAAUAGAGAAAGGAGGGGUGCCCCUAGAGUCCCGAGACUCUGAGGGCCGUACAGCACUUCAUGUGGCUUCCUGGCAGGGUUGUAUUGAGAUGGUAGACCUACUUUUAAAGCAUGGAGCAAACCCCAAUGCACAAGAUACAGAAGGUAGACCACCAAUGCAUUCAGUGGCUUGGACAGGACAUGCUGAAGUAGGACAUCGUCUCCUACAGGCCAGCGGUAUCAACAUAGACCUUGCUUGCCACCAGGGGGCAACAUCUCUGAGCAUCGCUGCCCAAGAGGGACAUGCUAACAUUGUGGCAAUGCUUCUGGAAAGAGGCGCAAAUCCUGAUCAUAUGGAUAAAUAUGGCCGCAGUCCAGUCAAAGUGGCUGGAAAACACAGGCACUUUAACAUCGUCAGGCUCCUGGAGAGCUAUGGAGCCAAGCCAUACCUAGGCCCGUUGCCAAACUCUAAUGCUAUCUCCCCCGCAAAACUCAACAAGAUCCGCUCCUCAGACAUCUCAGAGAGUAACGGAGGUGACGUAGCAGCUGCUACCUCUUCCUCUUCGGUAUCUUCUCCUGGCUCCACGGCAGAACGAUUCCACUCCAUGCAGAGCUCCCAGACCUCAUCUACCUGCCACUCACUGGCCACGGUGCAGACAGUGCCAGCUGACAGUCUCAGCUUCAUCCAGCAGAUCCAACAACACUCACUGCCCCGCAGUCGUAGCCGUCCCUCCACGCUCCCUCCACCGGGGAGCUCAGGCAUGGGCAGCCCCCAGGGAAGCUUCCAGCGGCAUCCCAAAGGCAGCCCCCCUCCCACUGUUUGCACUGUCACUGCUAUGGUGCACAACUGCGAACCGCGUCAGAAAGGCUUGUCACCUGGACUUGAAUGUCACGACAAAAUGAAGCAACAAAAUUCACACUUAAUAAAAGCAGACAGGACUACUUACGCUGGUGGUAAAUGGCACUCAGUCAUGGCUUCCCUCGGAAUAAUGCCAGGGCAAGACAGUCCUGCAGUAGGUGUUAAAAACAGAGAGAGCCCUCCUCUGGGCUACCCAUAUAGACUACAGAGCCCACUUCAAGGGGAAGCUUGGGAUUCUCUACCCCAGAAAAACAUUUUGUCACCUGCUUGCUACAGUUUUACCCCAGUCCCACACUGUAGUGCCUUGCAAGAGGACGUUAUGGUUGCAAUGUCGACCACAGACCCGCAGCUUAAUCUGAAACAGGCCAUCAAACUGCAGUUUGAGGGUCCCACCAGUGCAGCCUUAUACAAGAGAGAGACACCCCUGUGACUCUUGCUCAAGUGGAGUUGGACAUUUUUGCAGUUCAAGGAGAAGGCGCUUUUCACCGUGUACAAAGACUUUCUGGGUUCAGAUGAGAGAGGAAGUGAUGUCGUUCUCCACCCGCUUUUAGAAACCCAGAGGAAAAACAAACUGAAAGACAUCCAAGCUUCAUACCUCUCCGAUGCCUGUCUUGUGUGUUGAGCCGGGCUCUCACAGACAAAAUCACACUAUAAUCACUCAUUUAAUAACAAACUGGACCUUAUUUUCCCAUUGAAUUCAGUUCCACAAAAACUUUUUUAUUGACUUUAUUUGGCGCCAAUAGGACUGAGUCUGGAUUCACACAUAGGAUAACAAGACUUUUUUUUAGCUCUACAGUGAAUAACACUCAGUAUUAUGGAGUGAAAGUGUUUAGGUUGGGUUAUGUUUUAAAUUAUUUUUUGCUGGUAAACAACCUUGUUUAAGAGCUUUAAGCUUGUGGCCUUGAUCUCUAUUGAAGCCUUUUAUAUUUACUAUAAACUGGCCUACACCCCCCAUAGGUCUGUUGCUGACAACCAAACCAACAGUUUGCAUAAAAGCAAGCCUACCAAAGCCUGACCCAGUAUGAGAUUUAUGAGACAAACUACAAAGGACAGCCAAGUUUACUGAACCAGUUUGGCUUGUUCACUGUGUGUCUGUGAACAAGCAGGAAGGAACAUUAAAAUCUGACCAUUAAAAACCCAGGGUGGACGUGGGGGUGAUGGAUCGAAACUUGUAUGUGGCCUAAAGAAGUGUGUAGUUCUUUUAUCAUUUUUUUUCAUUGGAUUCAUAUUUAAUUACAUUCAUUAAUUAAAAUAGCAAAUUGUC